CACGCAUUCAGCCGCCGAGCUUUCCCUCUCCACCUCUUCUUUCUAUCUACAGCUACAGCUACAGCCGUUAGGAAGUAGCCUGGCCGCCAUCCGCGCUGGAUGGCGCCUUCCUUCACCACUCCAUGAAGUAUGAGUCACCUGCGACGUGACACGCAGACCGAACAAGAGACAAAGAGACUCGGCAAGAGACGAGACACCCACUCACAGACGCAUCCACACACAGACACACAGACACGAAGACUCACCCACAGACGAGCACCAACCGAUGCGAUGCUCAAUCUCGCAUUGAGCAAUGCAACUAGACAAAAGACAGAGAGGCCAAGACAUUCGCCACCUAAAGGCACACACGGGCUUUCACGUCCCACAUCCCGCAGGUGUCGCCAUUCGCACACCCACAGGCAGACCCACCCACACACACGUUUUCCACUGCCUGUUCUUUCUCUUCUGGCUGCCUGUUCUGCGCCCGUGCCAAUGAGAGACGCACGUGUCGACACACAGCACUUGACGGUCACACAUUCGCUGAAACACGCUGCGACAGACCACAUCGCACCAAUGACGCGGACACAACGAACACAGAGGGCCGAGACCAGAGAGGCCGCCUCACAGCUGAAUAAAGGCAAUACGCAUAUAGCACAGCCAUCAGAGACCCCUCAAUUGAUCUGACCUCACACUCACACCACGGUGAGCACCUCCACUUCGUCAGCCAUGAAAAACUCACUGCCCCCAAACCGGGCAAUGCCAUAUUCACCUUCCCUCACCCCCACAUAGCCAUCACGCACAUAACGGCUGGGGAGCCAAUGACGGCAGCUGCGCAUAUCAGCAGGAGCGCCAUCCUCACAGCCCAAAUCCAGGCUACAACCGAUCCCACCGAUGCACAGCUUCGCCCUAUGCACUGGCAGCCUCCCCUCCCGCCCGGCCACAUGCACUGGCAGCCAGCCAUCACCCAUUUUGGUAGGUCCCUUGAUGAAGUGGCCGGCUAGCGAGAAAUGCCACACAUCACAGAUGUAGGUGUUGUUGCCUCUUGGGUCAUUGGGCAGCCGGAUGCCGGCACGGAUGAAGGCGCCGAAGACGUACUUGUCCUUGCCGAUGACGAACACGAGGCCACUCGCAUCGUUCACACACCGCAGCAGAUCGCCAUACGACGGCCCGUCACGUGAUGCCCUGAAUGAAGAACACACACGCACACACGCACGCAGACACGCACAGAUAGGCACACGGAGUCAAACGAUGGACGAUGCCAAUGACAAGAGCAGGGUACCUGUAGAUGAGUUUCAGUCUGCCCGCAAUUGUCGGUCCGAGAAACCGAUCGAGUGCCGCCGACUGGAGCGCAUCAAAGUUUGCACCCUCAAUCACCUGCAAUCAAAAAACACAAGGCAGGAUGAUCAGCACAUCUAUACUUCUCUCUCGCUGACGUGUGUGUGACCUUGAGUGAGAGCAGCGACAGGCUCUCAACACGAAUGACCUCCACUUCGUCUGCCAUGAAGGACUUACUGCCCCCAAACAGAGCACUGCCAUACUCAUCGGAUUCCCUCACCCCCACAUAGCCAUCAGGCACAUCAUCGAUGUGGAUCCACUGACCGCAGCUGCACAUGGAACCAGCAGCAGCGCCACCCUUACCUAACCACAGGCACCUACUGAGCCCACCGAUCCCCAGCCUCGCCCCAUACACUGGCAGCCCCCCCCGCCGCCCGGCCACUCUCACUGUCUGCCUGUCUCCCCACGCCGUGGUUGGUUCGGCGAAGUGGCCGGCUAGAGAAAAAUGCCACCCAUUACAGAUGUAGGUGUUGUUGCCUCCUGGGUGGUCGGGCAGCCGGAUGCCGGCACUCAUAGAGACGCCAAAAACGUACCUGUCCUUGCGGAUGAGGAACACCAGGCCCUUCGUGUCGCCCACACAGCGCAGCAAGUCGCCGUACUCUGCGCCGUCACGCGAAGCCCUGAGAACAUCAGGGACAACAGAGAACGACACAUGAUUGAUUGCAGUGUCUGUGAUGUGGUUUGUGUGUCGCACCUGUACAGCAGGGUGAAUUCACAUUCGUCCCACAUGCCGAGCGCCAAGACGGAGUGGAGGGCCGCACAUUCAGUGGAACUCAGACUGCUGCCAACGACCACCUGCAUACAUAAAGAGGGAGGUGAGGGCAAUUGUGACACUGCAAUCACCCCAUGGGGACUCUCACCUGUGGGUCGGGCGGUUGGUCGUCCCCGUCUGUCGUGCUGCGACUUGAGAGAGCCGUGAUGCCAUCCGGCACACCGUCAGACACACUGACGACAUCACCAUCGUCCUGAUAAGAGUACAAGAGACAUGUACGACAAGUGAGUUGCUGUCGGGUUUGUCUGCGUCAGUCUGACCUCUCGUAUGUCACUGAGGCGAUCGUCGGCAGUGACAGUUAACACAGACUUGACCGAUGAACGGGACAGCACCUGCACACACAAACUCACAAUGCCUCCCCGUCUGUGUGGGUGUCCAUUUCAUUGCGUUUCACUCACCACAGACGGCGGGCCCUCUCGGUGGCUGCGUGUGGGGGUCUUUUGGAUCUUGUUUAGCUGCCUUUCGUCGGUCUGUCGGCUCUCUGACGGUGGCAUCUGAACGACAACAGAGACAAUCAAAUAUGCUGCUUUGUUGAAAAGAUGAGUGAGCCCUCUUGUCCUGCUUACCUUCAUGGUGUUUGAUGGCUCUGACGUCUGCGACUGUGUGUCGAGCGGCCGAUCGCCACCAGCAGCAUCGUCGUCUGGUGGACAGGUGGUGGCCUGCAGCCAGCCAAGUUAAGACAGACAAAAGGCCUCAGUUGUCGCCGUCGUGUCUGCCCUGUUACCUGUCGGCUGAGGCCGGUGAUUGGUUCGGUAAACCCAUCCGCCAUUCGCACCGCAGCUGACUCGUCCACCACUUGGCCCUGCAAGGCAGCACAGGAGAAACAUACACGGCUGGGUGGAUCGUCUGACGUCCUACCUGCUGAUCGCUGGGUCUGUCGCUUGGCAGCGCUGUCGCAGACUCGGUACGCCGGGCAUGUGGCUGUAUGGUGGGCACCUGCUGGUUGGGUGUGGUGGGCUGCUUGGGAGGCACAGAUCGAGUCCGCUUGAAGCACGGAUGCUCAGUUUUCCCAAAGCUGUUGUAGAAAACUUCGCAGAUGAGACAGUAGCUGCGCCUCUUCACUAAGUCCCAUUUGUCUUGGUAGUCGUAGGUGAAGCUGAAGCUUGCCCAGUCCUUCAAUUUGAUGCGCGCUGACGGAAGCAGGCGGCCAGAGUGCGCUGAUGCCGGCUGCUGUGACGUCUGCGGGUCCUUGGGCGGGUAGCCACGGUACUCGAUGAAGAAGCUCCCGCCUGCUGGUGCUGCUGGUGCUACUGCACUGGCACUAUGCUCCUUCUGAAGAGCCUUCGGUGGCUCGUGUUGCUGCAGCUCGGAAGCGGCCGGUGCAGAGGCAAAGGCAGCAGAAGCGCCAGCGCCCUCAGCCACCUGGCCGGCCUCGUGUGCAUCUGGAGUGGAGGAGGGGAGGGGGUGGGAACGGAGGUUGAAGGACGGAGCUGCUUGGUGUUUGUUUAUUAACUCUGCGAGAAGAGUGAGAGAGGUACAGCAUGUCACGAAGAAAAUGCUGUACCUCUUACCGAAGUUUUCAGUCGUCAUGUGGCUUCGCUCUGGGAAUCCAAGAGAUGCGCUCUCCACUUCCAGGUUGAGCGGAGGGGGCAGCUGCUUGUUCAGCUCAUCGACGAACUCCUGCCGAAGUGCAACAUCGAUGGCACAGGCGAGUUGGCGCCCUUUCAGGUCCCUCAGCCGUCUGCAGUGCCCCAGCCUGAAGGACUCUGGUCGCUUGUCGGAGGCUACCCUUCCCCUCGGCCAGUUGAACGGACCAAGGGGAAGCCUCUGGCUGCUUAAGGGGCGGUCUUUGUCGUAUGUGCGCCAGUUGCCAUGAAGAAGUUGCAGAAACUCCUGCUUGACGCGCUGCUGUGCCCACUGCGGUGGGGGGGACUGGGGGGCGGUACUCGGGCUCGCACUCAUCCUCCGCAGAGAGACCUGGAGGUAGAGAUCUGUCGUCGGAAGGAGGAAUCAGCGCUCCCG